GAUAUGGUAGUUUCAUUUACUUACACAGCUUUGGUGAUCUUGUGGACUAGGAUUAGGUUCUUUCACCAGAAUUAACAAUCUUUUGGGCUUUCUUCUAUAAUUUUGCUACUUUGGGGGUUUUAUGCUUUUUGUUAUGAUUAUUCACAGUAAUCUCUUUGGUUUAGGUAAUGAAUUUUGUUAGAGUUACACAAAAUAAACCUGAUAAGACUACUAAGAGUAACAUUUAUCAGAGCAACUAUGGUAAACAUAGCAUGGUUUAUAUAUAAGAGAAUUGCUGAUUCAUCUUGCCACAUGAAGGGAAGGUUUACCGAGGAGCAAGGCACAUGUUGUAAGGUUACAGCUCUAUUCUAGUACAUGUACUUAUAUACCCAUUCUGAAUGCUGGAGACUGUAUAACACAGUCGGCCAUUGACCAGAUCAACGAACACAAAUAAAAUGGCAUCACAUAGUUGUUCAUUUAUAAAUGGUACACAAUUUACAGAUGUCGUUAUCGUGGGAAAUGGACCAUCUGCCAUUAGUUUAUCUUUCUUGUUAUCAGGAAACCGUCCAUAUUAUAAUGGAAUUCCACAUUCUAAUGAAAUUUUGACCAGGAAGUUAGAAGAUAUAAAAAAUGGAUUAUCAAUUGUUGAUCAGGAUUUGGAAUAUUUAUCAGAAGGUUUAGAGGGAAGGACUUCAAAUCCUGUAGCAUUACUUUUAGAUGCUUUGCAACAUCCAGAUGCAGAUCUAGGAGCAGAUAACCCAUCAUUAUUAGAUUGGAAAAAAGUGGAAAAUGUGGCAAUACCUCAUGUUGUAUUGGGUAAAACAAAGCCCGGAGGUUCAUGGCAGAGAAUGGAUGGAAGUAUGCAGACACUCAGUUUAAAUUCUUGGAUGGAAUUACCAACGGUCCCAUUUAGAGAAUGGUUAGCGAAGAAAAAAAUGUCUACAAUGGCAGCUAAUACUAGUAAUCGUGCAACAAUAGCUGAUGUUAAGGAUUAUUAUUUAGAUUUUGUUCAGCAAAAGGGGUUGGUUCGAAAUUUCUAUGACUAUCACACUGUGACAUCUGUUCAGAAGGUUUUUCAGUUAAAGAGUUGUAUUGACGGGGAAAGUGGAGAAGUUGAACCAUGCUGUCAGAAUGUUAAACAAAAUCACAGUUACUUGUGGGAAGUUCGUGGUUAUCAUUUGGUUUCUGGCAACGAUGAUAUGGAAAAUGGCAAUAUUAUUCGUGAAGAGUUCUGCUUUGUGGCUCCAUGUGUUGUGCUGGCUAACGGUACAUAUGACAUUCCAAAUAAACUUGGUGUAGAAGGGGAAAAUUUACCCAAUGUUAUUCAUUCGCUCUCGGCCUUCGAAAAAGUCAUUAAAAAUAACAAUCUUUCAUCUACUUCAGAUCCUAUUUUAGUUGUUGGAGCUGGUUUGAGUGCGGCAGAUGCCAUCUUAAUGGCAACCCAAAAAGGAAUUCCUGUGGUUCAUUCCUUCCGAUGUAGUGCAAAUGAUCCAUCACUCAUAUUUCGUAAAUUACCAGCAGUCAUGUACCCUGAAUAUCACAGAAUUCAUUCGUUUAUGAAAGGCAAACAAAAAUGUGAACUUUAUAAACCGUACGCUAAACAUAAGGUGGUGGAAAUAAUGGAAGAAAAUACAGUUCUUAUCCAGGCUUUGGGAUCAGAUACCAUUACAUCUGUCAAUGUUUCCUACACAGUCAUCAUGAUCGGAUCAAGAUCUGAUUUGUCCUUCUUGCCAAAUGAGGGCAGAAAUUUAGGUGUUGUACCAAAAUGGCCAAUUGACAGUAAACAUAAUCCGUUUGAUAUUAAUGUGUAUAGCUAUCAGUCAAACUACGAACCAGGACUGUAUGCUAUGGGACCUUUAGUUGGUGAUAAUUUUGUGAGGUUUGGUAUUGGUGGGGCUCUAGGAAUAGUCAACCAUAUGUUGGCACGUCAGAAAGAAUGAUUUAUAUAUAGUUGAUCUCAGGUUAUUUUUUUAUAGAAUAUUAUUUGUUACCUACAGUUAUAUAUAUACUAUGUCAAUUUAUGAUUUAGUGGUUUUAUUUGACACUGUGUGCUCAUAGUAAUAGCUCUUUUAAUUUUUCCUAUAGAGUAAUUGUAUGUACCGGUAUUUGUAUAUAAUAAGCCAGUAAUCUCCCUUUAGGGCUUGUCUUUUUGGAUGUUUGGAGAUAUUAAGAGUGUGUGCCUUAUACUAACCAGACUUUUAUAAUGUAUUUUGUUAUAUGCUUACAAAUUGCAUACAGUAUAAAAGAGUUUAUUUAUACAUGUAAGGUUUCAAGUAUAGUGUAUUCCUGUAUUAAAUGGGUUUAGACAGGACUUAUUAAUUAUCAGGAUUAUAUCUAUAUUACUAGUCAAGUUAAUUAAUGAUAUAUAUAGUAAGAAAUAUUACAAAAGGAUCAUGUGCACAUAUAAUUGAGUUUUGUUGUCCUCGCCUUUCGAAUAAAGCAGGGGACUAUUAAAAUGGGUGUGUCCAUUUGUCUGUCUGUCCGUUGCACUGUUUGGUACACCAGAACUCUCCUUUUAAUUGAGCUAUAAUGAUCACUCUUGGUAUAGGUGUUUGUUAGGUGAAUGCCUUGAUGGAGUUCAAAGAUGAGCAUUUUCUGCUUAGGGUAAGCAGAGAUAAGCAAUUUGAUUGGUUGAUGCUUUGGGACACGAUAACUUUAGUUCGAAGUAAGUGACAGUGAUGAAAGCUGGUGUAUAGUUUCAUUACAUCUGACAUCAAUACCUUGACUAAAUUCGAUAAUGAGCAUUUUCUGCUGUGGGUAAACAGAGCAAUAAGCCAUUUGAUUGAUCGAAACUUUAGAUUUUAUAAUACAAUAACUCUCCUUCUAAUUAGGUGGAAUGUUCAAACUUGGUGUGGGUGUUCAUUAGGUGAAUGCCUUGAUGAAGUGAGAAGAUGAGCAUUUUCUAUUUAGGGACACGAUAACAUUAGUUCUAAUUAAGUGAGAGUGAUAAAACUUGGUGUAUAGUUUCGUCACAUCAAUACCUUGACUAAGUUUGAUAAUGAGCAUUUUCUGCUCAGGGUAAGCAGAGCGAUAAGCAAUUUGAUUGAUUGAGACAUUGAAGAUCGACAUCUUUGAUUCUAAUUGAGUGAUGGUGAAACUUUGUGUAUAGUUUCAUUACAUCAAUACCUUACCUAACAAAGUUUGAUGUUGAGUGUUUUCUGCUUAGGCAAAGUAGAAUGUUCGAACUUGGUAUAGGUGUCUUAUUAGGUGCAUGCCUUGACAGAGUUUGAUCAUGCACAUUUUCUACUUAGGGUAAGCAGAGAUAAGCAAUUUGAUUGGUUGAGACCAUGGAACACGAUAAAUUUGGUUCUAAUUGGGUGAGAGCGAUGAAACUCCAAGUAUAGAUUGAUUAUAUCAAUACCUUGACUAAGUCCGAUGAUGAGAAUUUUCUGCUUGGGCUAAAUAGCAAUAAGCAAUUUGAUUGGUCAAGAUUUUUGAACUCUGCUUCUAAUUGAGGUAGAAUGUUUAAACUUGUAGAUAUUCAUUAGGUGAAUGUCUGGACUGAGUUCAAUGAUUAACAUUUUCCACUAAAGCUAUAAGCAGAGCUAGGCAAUUUCAUUGGGACAAGAUAACUUUGAUUGUAACUGAUGGAAAGAGAUGAAACUUAGUGUAUAGUUCAACUACCAGGUACUUCAAUACCUUGACCGAGUUUGAACGUGAACAUUUUAUGCUUAGACUAAUUAUAAAUAAUCAGUUUGAUUGCUUAAUACUUUUGAAAAAGAUAAAUGUGCAAUUAAUUAAUGUGUCAUCUAUUUAUUUUAGGAUUUCGGCGGGGGACAUCAGCCUCACUGUUGGCUUGUUAUACAUGUAAUGACGUAAGGUCCUGGUAUAUACCAGUAGUGUACCUUGUGCACACAAUAAUAUGCAUUUUAAUAUACAUGUGCAUUAUAGAAAUUAAUAUUCAAGACAAUACCAUUUUUUGACUCCAAAUAUUGUGCAACCGUUCCUGGUAUAUAUACUUGUAAACUAGUCCCUUGUAAAUUAGUUUAUUGUCUAAAUGCAUAUUAUAUAGUUUUUUGCACUAUAGCAUUGUAAUUCUUUUGUAUACAUAUGUAAAGAGUUAAAUAGCUGUACAUUUCUCCAGAAAAUAUUCCAAGUUAAUCAAAUACAACAUUUUAGAAAUGGGUUAUUUAUAGAGAAACAAACCCGGUGCUUCAGAAAUAUCUCAGUUGAAAUUAAUAUUUAAUGUUAUAACAAACAAAUAAUCACAUCCAAGGACAAGAAAAGUAUCAGUGCAUUUAAAGAAUGGACCGACUUCUGAGAUGCAUAAUUUUUCAGACUAUCAUAAAUAAGAUAACUUUUCAUUUGACGUCUGUUUUGGCAUGUCCUGUUUGGAAAAAACUGAACAAAUGCUACUCUAUACAUUGACAUUACAUGUAUAUAUUUGUUAUGUCUUGCAUAAUUUGGAUGUGAAGCAAGAUUUGUAUAAUUGUUUAUAAUUAUUUAAAUAUACAGUAGUUGUGUUAACCCUAAUAACAUUAAUAAAAUUUAUUAAAAGGGAAUAAUUUAUGCCUGCAAAUAUGAUGUUACUUAAGCAUAACCUAUUUCUGGGUGUCUUAUAGUACAUUAGCUUGUGUUUUAUAUCCAUUUCUUCAUUUACCUGAUCUUACAUUACCCUUGGUUACACAGAUAUAGGUUUAUCAUGUAUAACAUGUGAUAUACAUGUACUGUGAUAGCUACUACAUGUAAAUAUAUAAUCAAGUUAUAUUGAUUCUCUUAGAUAACUUUCGCAGUUUCCACCAGAUGACAAUAAGUUUUAUAUAAAUCUUUGUUAUUCCUGCUUAUAUCACAUAUGAUAUAAGAUAUUUAUAUAGGGGAAGGAUGAUAACAAGUUUUUGUUAGCCAUUUAUUAAUUAAAGACAAUAUCUCUUUAAACCCAUAUAAGCUGCUGUACAUGUACUUGAAUAAACUGAUUACAGAGGGAGUGUGCUAAGAAUAAGUAGAAUAGAUUUAUGUAUGCAAUUCUUUAAAUAUGGACUAAUGUUUUUGACCUUUUUGUGAUUAACAUAAUUAAUAUAUUUAUAUACAUGUAAAACUACUUGUUAAACUGAUCUAAUUAUGUCUCGAAACUUAAAAAUUAGGACUAUAACCCGAAAGUAAAACCCUGGACUAACUAAAGCAUAUAUUAAUCAUGUCAUAAUUGUUUAAUAUUAAUAUUAAGUUAUGUAUUAAUAAUUGUUAACAUUAUAUUAUGUUAAGUCUAUGAUUUUUAUUUUUAUAUAAUGCAUUUUGUAUUCUGGUUUAAUAAUAAUUAUUGUACAUUUAUUUAAACAUUUUUUGCUUUUCAUAUAUUCAGAGACACUAUAAGAUAAUGUGUAUCCUCUAUUUUAGUCUUUCUUUACUUGCUCAUUCUUCAAGAAUUCCUUCUAUUUAAUUUUACUUAUUUAUACUAAUUAUUACAGUCAUUCUAUUUAAGAACUUUGCAUUUACUGAGAUGAAAUCAUGUAGAAAUGCAGUGGAACCUCAAAAUAGCAUAGUUUUCUGUAAGGUACCAGUAUAGUUCAGUGUUAGACAGGAUUCAGACAGUUACCUAACUUUAUUAUAAUAAGUCCUUAUGUUUGAUAUAGAAGGGUGGCUAUAACACCAGUUUUUAUAUCCCCAUAUAUUCAUGUUGACGUAUAUUGCUGUCGCCCCUGUUCGUUCGGACGUUUAUCCACAAUUUGUUUGUAGACACUCUAUAUAUAUAGGUAACAAUUUUUAUCCGAUUUUGCCGAAACUUGAAAUAUAGGUUUAUAUCCCAAAGAUCUCGGUUCCUUUCCAAAUUGGCAUGUAUCGGACCUUAACUUCAUGGAUUAUAGCCCCUAAUUGUACGAAAAAUCACAUUCUUAGCUUGUGGACACUUUAGAGGUAACAUUGCAAGUUUCAUCGAAAUUGGAUAAAAAUUGUAUGUUUAUAACCCAAAGAUUUCAGUUCCUUUUGAUAUUUGCGCAUAUCGGACUGUAACUUCCUGGAUUGUGGUCCCUGAUUGUACGAAAAAUCAAAAUUGGCAAUAAGAAGAUUGUGGAUCCUACUCUAUUUUUGGCUGAUUUGGAUGGAACAUAAAAUAUAUGUUUGUAUCCCAAAGAUCUCAGUUCAGGCAUUUCAGACCAUAACUUCCUGGAUUAUGGCCCCUGAUUGUACGAAAAAUAGCUUCUCUUUUUGUCCUUGUUCGCUGUCCAUCUCUUGCAAAAUCUGGGUGUAUCUUGCAUGGCAACCGCUUUUUUAGUAAAGCUCUAGUGUACUAGUGUUAAGUUUUUGUGUUGCUGUGGCAAUAGAUAUGUAAACUAGAGAAUACCAUUAACUUUGCAUAAUGUAUUCCAUCUUUAAUAGUUACAGAAAGAGAGUGAGUGCAUUUUAUUAUAAAUGCUGCAAAUUGUUCACAGAUAAACAUUAAUUUUAUAUCACAUUUUGCUAUUGGAUUUAGACUUUACCUUAUCUAUGUUACUGUUAAUGUCCUUGUAUUGACAUUUAUUUUACACAAAGGAAGACAUUCUAUACAUAAAUCAGUAUGGAUACAUCAGUGUCUCUAACUAAAGGGGGGGGGGGGGGGGUGGAUGGCCGAAUUGUUAGCAUGUGCGCGCUGUAUCAUACGGUCUGUCAUUGAGUCAACUGGCAGGGUUUCGAUUCCCCGGUUGUACGUGACAAGGAGUAGGGUCGCCUGUCCAACCUUGUGGGUUUUCUCCGGGUCCUCCGGUUUCCUCCCACUGCUAAAGACCCCUUACGCGCAAGCAAAUUAUUGAAAUAAAAAUUAAACCAUAUGUUGGUCCCGAAAUGACCUAGUUUGUGUUGAGUGGACGUUAAACCCCAUUUCUCUCUCUCUAACUAAAGUCUGGAUGUCAGUGGAUAAAUAAAGAGUCAUUUAAAUUUUAUUCCUUCAAAAUUAUUAAAAAGUUGUCUUUUUAAAGAUAUAUUUCCUCAACAGUCUUUAUUGAUUUGAAAACAGAUCCAAACUACCUGGGAAAAUAUAUUUCUUAUCAAGUGAAACAUUUUGACAAUCUACAAAUUUUUAGAUAGACACCAGUUUGUAGUUUACUAAUUCAAGAGGAUGAAUGGCCAAAUAUCAGUCAUCCACUGAUUAAGAUAUUAGUGACAGUGACUCCCUGUUUGGUAAUCAGCAUGUUUUAGUUAUUGCAGACUUUUUAUGCAAGUGGAAAUUUACUUCAUGAUGUCGUUAUACUUUCUCAUAAAAAUAAGACUAAGGGGUCGAAUAGAUGACCUAAAUAUGCUAGAGGGAACAUAUCUUUAAUUUUGUUGUAUUUUUAAAUAAUUUUAUAAAAUGGUUACAAUGUGCUACUUAUAAAUAUUUUUAUUCUAUAGAAUUUCUAUCCAACUCUGUGAUUUACUUACAAAUCUAAUUGAUAUUUACAAAGCAUUUAAUAAAUAUCUUUCCACAA